GAAAAAGUUCACUUUGUCUUGCAUUGAGAUAAAAAUGGGGUUUAGUAAGUUUUUGCUGGCUAUAUGCUUCUUGGGGUUAGCCCUAAUUCAUGUCUCCCUAGCCCAAAACUCCCAAUCUGACUUUGUCCAGGCACACAAUGUUGCUCGUGCCAAAGUUGGUGUUGGUCCAAUUAGAUGGAACAACACAAUUGCAGCUUAUGCUCAAAAUUAUGCUAAUACGAAGAUAGGAGACUGCAAAUUGGAACAUUCAGAAGGGCCCUAUGGAGAAAAUCUUGCUGAAGGUUAUGGUACCUUUAGCGGAGUAGAAGCAGUGAAUUUGUGGGUAGCUGAGAAGCCUAACUAUAACAACAACUCCAACAAAUGUGUUGGUGGUGAGUGCCUACACUAUACUCAGGUUGUGUGGCGUGAUUCUGUUCAUCUUGGGUGUGCCAGAGCCAAGUGCAACAAUGGGUGGAUGUUUAUCAUUUGCAGCUAUGAUCCUCCGGGUAAUUAUUAUGGCGAACGUCCUUACUAAUUAUAAUUAGUGGUUAAUUUAUUGAUUACUCAUAUUUGAGUAUGUUGCUCUUGAUCAGGAGUGUGUUUAGUAGUAACCAAAUAAAUA